ACUUCUCUCUAAAUAAGACUUACAGAUCGCACACAGAGCCACUAAGAGAAGAUACUUUAAAAUGCUCUGUCAUGCAUGGUCGUGACCAAAAGUUAAUACACAAUGCAGAAGUAAAGCAUCGAACUGUACACUGGAGUUAAUUCAAGAAGUCUGUCCUUUCAGCACAGGGUCUGUUAAUAAGGCACAUAUUGCCUGAUUCUGUGCACAUCUAACUAAAGAACAAGUCCUUUGGUAAAUGAUUCUGCUCACAUCAAGCUGAGAAGGAAGAAAAGACUCAGCUCACCUCCCCCACACUUCUGUUGGUCUGAACAAAGUAAAGAGGGUUACAGUAAUAUGUGUCCUGCAGGACAUCAAUUCAAACAUGUGGAACAUGAAGCAGUUAGCGUAUGGAGCCCUGGCAAGACGAGCAAACCAGAUCAAGGCCGAGCUCAGACAGGGAGUGAGAAAACCCUACAAAGAAGUGAUAGAUGUCUUUCGGGGUGAUUUACACGGGGCAGGAAUGAAACCUCUGACAUUUGUCAGACAGGUUCUUGCAGCGUGUGUUUACCCGCCGCUUAUCAACAGCAACAAUCUGCCACUGGAUGUAAGACAGAGGGCCCAGAAGGAGCUGGGGAGAUGUGUUGGAGGGAGUGUAGGUUCAUAUUCUGCUGCAGCUGGUAUACCAGAAAUCGUCCACAGCAUCUCUGAAUUCAUAAAGAGACGAGACGGAGGAAUUCCAUCUCACCCCGAGAACAUUUACAUCAGCCCUGGCUCACAGUGGUCAAUCUCGAACAUUCUCAAUGUCUUAGUGAACCGUGAGGCUUCACCCAGAACAGGUGUGUUGAUUCCAGUGCCAUGCCACAACAAAACCGUGUUGUCCAUAACGCAGUUGGGUGCAGUCACCGUCCCUUAUUACCUGAGUGAGGAGCAGGCAUGGGCGCUGCAGGUGGAAGAGCUGCAGCGAGCGCUCGAAUCUGCAAAGGGAGUCUGUAGUCCUGUGGCUCUGUACGUCAUCAACCCGGAAAUCCAGCAGGUUAUGUUCAGAGCCAAAAAUCAGUGCAAGAGGUGAUCCGGUUUGCUUGGGAAAAGAGGCUCUUUCUUCUGGUUGAUGAGCUCUACCAGGACUGUGUUUAUGGGGAAAACUGUGAGUUUGUCUCCUACAAAAGGACUUUGAGCGAGAUGGGGCCUCCUUUCUCAGGCACAGUGGAGCUGGCGUCCUUUCACUCAGUGUCCAAA